AUGAAAGUUUCUCUUGUGGAGGGUAACCGUCUCUUACCCCAAAUCACCACUGAUAAGGAGGUUUUGGAUGAGAUGUGUGCACCCUGGAGAGAAUCACUAGUGGUAUGUCUACUGGGAAAGCGAUUGGGUUUUUGUACCAUGAAAAUGAAGCUUGCAUCGAUUUGGAAACUGACUGGCGACUUUGACAUCCUUGAUGUCGAUAAUGGGUUCUAUAUGGUGAAGUUUGACAUUAACGAGGACCGGGAGAAGAUGAUUAAUGGAGGUCCAUGGAUGAUAUUUGAUCAUUACUUGGCAGUGUCCACUUGGAAAAGGGAGUUUGUCUCUUCGACGGCUAAGGUUACAAAGACGCUAGCUUGGGUCAGGAUUCUAGGCCUGAAUAUGGUGUUCUAUGAUGAAAGUUAUUUUCUCUCGAUUGCAAGAGUCAUUGGAAAGCCAAUUAAAGUUGAUACGAAUACAUUACAGGCAGAUAGAGGGAGAUUCACUAGAAUAUGUGUGGAGCUUGAUCUAUCUCAAGAAGUGGUGGGAAAAGUGUGCCUCGAAGGAGAUUGGUACAAGAUUGAAUAUCAAGGUCUCCACGUAAUUUGCGCCAAGUGCGGCUGCUAUGGCCACCGACCAAGACAAUGUCAAGCCACAACACCCAAGGUGGCCAAACCGGUGGCAGAACCACAGAAAAACCCUACAAGGGAUCCAUAG